UCUGGAGCAUGGCAGUGGCCAUUACGAGACUGGGUCUUGUACGUCCGUAUCGCUGUGCCAGAUUGUACACCACUGCAGCCACCCCAUUGGCAAAAUUCUCGCCGCCCGGCACAGUUCCACCUCCAUGGCGCCCCUCGAAUGUCCUCGAUGAAUGGGUCUCCCGCGAGGCAAGACCCAUCAGCUUGCGCCAACUGAGCUUUUUUGGACGCACUUUGACAGAAGAACGGCUGCUGAGCUCGGCCAACUACGUUCGUCUGGAGCUGCCCACAAGACUCGCCCACAGAUUGCGGAACAUGCAAACUCUGCCGUAUUCGGCCGUGACGAACCAGCAUAUCAGUCAUGUCUACGAACUGUACUACGACGCCUUCGAGAAGAUCCGGAAGGUGCCUCCCAUUCGCACUUUAGAUGAGAACGACGACUUCUGUGAGGUCAUCACCUCCACGCUCAAGGACCAUUUGUCUGUCAUUCCUCAAUUGGCCAUGGGAAUUCUAGAGAUACAGAACGCAGUCAGUAGUGAGGAAUGUGAUCGCUUCAUGAGAACGCUGCUACGCUCUAGAAUCAGUCGCCGAGUCAUUGCCGAGCAACAUCUGGCGUUGACUGAGACCUUCCACUCGCCAUGGCACUUUCCAAACGCGAAAAAGCCCCUCACUUCCCCAGAAGACGAGUUUGUCGGUGAGAUAUUUCUUAAAUGCAAAGCAAAGGAGGUGGUAGAAAAGUGUGCUUCAACCGCCAGAGAGCUUGUUCGCAAGGCCUAUGGCCCUCAAGUUGCGAUUCCAGAGGUGGUAAUCCAAGGUCAUCUGGAUACCACUUUCCCGUACAUCCCCUCACAUCUGGAAUACAUUGUCGGUGAGCUGCUCAGAAACAGCAUCCAGGCAGUUGUCGAACAGAAAGGACUUGACAAUCCGCCGCCAAUUGAAGUUCUCAUCUGCGAAGCUGCCCAGCAUGUCAUCAUUCGCAUCUCUGAUCAAGGUGGUGGCGUCGAUCGCGAGGUGUUGCCGUACCUCUGGUCAUUUGCGAAGGGUCCACGUCGCACGAACAGAUUGCAGAAUCUUGGACAAGUUCCACGUCUUGCGGCAACGAUGCAAGAGCUGAAGACGCCAGAAGAAGUCGACAGAAAGGGCAAGCAUCCUGGUGAAAGAUUUGGGAACUCAUUGGCGACACUAUCCGUCAGACCACCUGAGCUGAAGCUCGGCAUGGGCCUCCCCAUGAGCAAGAUCUAUGCGGAGUACUGGGCGGGCAGCCUCCAGGUCCACAGCUUGGAAGGCUGGGGCUGUGAUGCGUUCCUGCAAAUUAGCAGACUGGGCAACAAGAAUGAGAAGCUCAGCACAAGAGCAGCCAUGGAUGCAGUCUGAAUCUGAAGGAGAGAACUGUGCAGUGAGGGAAGGAGCUGUGCAGUGAGGGAAGGGUCGAAGUGGCUGUGUCUCUCUGGCAACCGACACCCAUCCCAGCCAACCUGCAUCAAUAUCCGCACCACGCAGAGAUUUUUCGCACGGCAGAGUCAUCAAUAUCUUCAGUAUGGAUACCCACGUGGACGGCGCGCACUUUGAUAGUGUGGUGGAGUUCCUCAGCAAUCACCUCGAUAUCCACCCUUCCGGCGCCAUUGGCCCGUCGCGAAACUCGCCCGUUGACUGCUACAUGCCUGUGCAUAGCUCCUAUAC